UUAAUUACUCCUUACUUUAAAUAUUUUUUUAACAACUUUAAUUUACCAUUACUUUAUUUUUAUUUAUUAUUCUUGUGUAGUACAACAAAUAAAAUGGAUUUAUCACUUGCACAAAUGGAAUUCGAGUGGGUGCUUCAUGAUGAAGUCCAUCCAUGCUUGCAACAAUUGCGGUCAAUAUUGACAGAAUGUUGCUCACGUUUUCCUAUGGCUCUUUUUGGUAACGAUCAACAAUGCAAAGUUGAUAGAUUUGUUUUUUCUUCUCCACAUGAUCAAGUUAAAUGUGUGGUCGUACUUACUGGAGACAGUAUUACUAAUGCUGAAGUAACAUUCAAAGUUCAACGCCAGCAAAACGUGUCAAUGAGGACAAGUAUCCAGAAUGACCAUCCCUGGAAGUUACAGCAGAUCCAAGACGCUGCUAAUCAUCUCCAACAAGCUAUCGCUCAUAUUGAUAACGUAGAUCGUAAUUAUCUAUUCAAAACAUCUGAAGAAGUGUUACAUAUAUUAGCAAACAUUCUUGGGUGUCUUCAGCGGAGUAGGUCGAGUUUGAUUGUCCCUAAAAAAAAGACUAUUGAUGAUUUAAUGAGGAGUCGCAACAUGAAAUCAUUAAAUCCGAAUUUACCAGAGAAUUUAGCAAUCAGCUUUUAUAUUCAGAGCUACAAGCUCAUUUUGGCUGUUUACCAGCUAGAGAGUACACAUGGGAAUGUUAAAUAUGAGUCUCAACAAGCUGAAUGUAAUGUCCCAUGGCUUAAUGAUGCCUUGGUAUUAUUGACAAUUGCUCUUCAGCUCUGUCAAAGACUGAAAGAUAAGAUCUCUGUGUUCUCUCAGUAUAAAGAUUUUACAGUUGGAUCACGAGCGCCAUCAGUAAUGGGUUGAAAAAUAAAGUGUUUUUAAACAGUUAA